AGACCCUAGCCGGAUGCCGCAACGCCUCCGACCAAAAUUGGCAAAAAUUUAGACGCUUUCUCAUACUUCGCGAUCCUUUCUUAAUACAUCCCUAGCAAUGCAUCGUUAUCCAUGCUUUGCAUAGACUACUUACGACCUUUAUGCAAGCCAACACGCCGAGCAUCAUAAUUUGCGUUUCGAUCACACAUUGUAUAGAAUUGAGUCCGUCCCGUUGGCCGGCGUGCCGCUAAGGCGCGUGCGGGCUUGCCCAUAACGGUGACCAGCCAUGGUUGCGUUAACGCAUUCGUCUCUUGGUCGUCGAGCGCUCGACGCAUCAUGCUAUGGCCGCCGAUCACCACAUAUUUGUGUCCUUAGAGUUCAUCACAAGCAGAAUGGAGUUGCAUCGCUCGGACGUCAGGGACGACACUUGCAGCACCCUCAUCGCACGAUCUUCAGGGUCUCGGCAGCAGUAGUCGGCGAUCAGGGUGAUAGCCAUGCCCAACAAACCUCUAUAUCGGGGCCUUUGGGUUCUGCGUUACAGUUCGCUUCUGCGCUGCAGCAGUUCAGUCGACCUCACACGAUGAUCGGCACCGCGCUUUCGGUUGUCUCCAUCUCGCUACUUGCGUUGGGCGGAGCGCAAAUCAGCGCACCCGCAAUCACAGCGGUGCUUCAGGCGUUGGUAUCGGCCCUGCUCAUGAACAUUGCCAUCGUGGGUAUCAACCAACUGUACGACAUCGAGAUCGACAAGGUCAACAAGCCCUACCUGCCCCUGGCCUCCGGCGCGCUGACUCCCGUACAAGGCGCCGUUAUUGUGGCGGUUUGCGCGGUGGUUGCAACCGCAAUUGGCGUCGCGAGCGGCUCGCCAGCCCUGCUAACCACCUUGCUCGUUAGUUUGGCGCUAGGGGUACUUUACUCGGCCAAUCUGCCCUUCAUGAGGUGGAAACGUUCUCCAUUCCUGGCGGCCGGAUGCAUCCUAGCGGUUCGGGCCGUGAUCGUACAACUGGGUUUCUACUCACACAUGAAAGGCGCUCUCCUAGCUGCGGGGACACUAACAACGACACCCGUGGUGACGACAGCAGCAGCAUCGUCAUCCUUUCUUUCAUCCCUCCUGUCAUCUUGCAGCUACUUGCUCCGGCAGCUGCAGCUGACAACCGCUUCCCUAAGUCCUGCCGUACAAUUCGUCAUGGGCUUCAUGCUGUUCUUUUCGGUCGUCAUCGCGCUGUUCAAAGACCUGCCAGACGUGGCGGGCGACCGAAAGGCGGGGGUCCGCACCCUCUCCGUGCGCCUAGGCGAGGGCGCCGUCUUCCGCCUGUGCGUGCAGCUGCUCAGCUGCUGCUACGGCUGGGCCAUGCUGGCGGCGCUCAGCCUGCCAGGGCUAGCGGCGGGCGGGGCGGCCAGGGCGGCGCUGUUCGGGGGACAUGCGGUGCUGUGCGGGCUGCUGCUAGCAAGGGCCCGCUCCGUGGACGUGGGCAGUCCCGCCGCCCUCACCUCCUACUACAUGUUUGUGUGGAAGCUCUUCUACGCAGAGUACCUGCUCAUUCCGUUGUUCGGGUAGCACAGAGCAGCUGCUCAUCCCGUUGCUUGCCCCGUUGUUCGGUACCCUAGCAGCGUGUGCAAGCAUGCUCCAAGGCAAACAGGGCGCUGGGGAAGCUGAGCAGGG